CAGGUAGAGAUGUGAACAACAUGGUAUCCUACUUAAAACCGGCAUUCAGGUACAGGUCUUUCCGUCUACCUACAUUUUCGGCUUGUGGUAUAAAUAUCACAGAUUUUUUGAAACGACUUCAGUACUAAAUCAUCUGGCAAAAUGAAAUUACUGAUUGCUGUGUUUGCGCUGGUGGUCACUGUUGUGGCUCAGAACGGAUAUGGCCAAGGCGGAUUCGGUGGACAAGGUGGAUUUAAUGGGCAAGGGGGAUUCGGUGGACAAGGAGGAUUCGGUGGACAGGGAGGAUUCGGUGCACAAGGAGGAUUCAAUGGGCAAGUAGGAUUCAGUGGUCAAGGUGGAUUUGGUGUUGGUCAAGGAGGUGUACUUCCGCAACAUGGAGGAUUUGGUCCACAAGGACAGCCAAAUCUAUACGAGCCCGGUUACGGAAAUAAUCCUGUUGGACCUGGUAAUUUUCCUGGAAACCAUCAUGAAUUUCCGGACCAUCACGAGCAUCACCAAGAGCCACAUCAUCAUGAACACCAUGAGCACCAUGGACAUCACGAACAUCAUGGCCAUCACAGGCAUUAAGUUCAGAUUUUAUAUCAUACAUUUCUCGUACUCCUGAAUGUACAACAAAAUACUGAAUACAAAAAUAAAGUUAAUUUCUACAAGCUCUUAACAAAAGUAAG